AUGUUUCAUGUAUCCUUCAGACUAGAUUCAGAAUACUAAAAGGAGUUGAGUGCUACUAUGGAGAGGGAAGAGGUAAUAAGAAAGAAGAAGAAAUAAUAAGAAGAUGAAUUAAAUAAUUAAAUUGAAUGCAAGAUUUGUUUGGAAGUUAUCCCCUUGAUCGAAAUGGCAACUCUACAAUGCUCUCACAUCUAUCAUCAGAAGUGCUUAAAUCAAUACUGUGUGACUCAAAUUUAAGCACGCCAGUUUCCGGUCUGCUGUCCUGCUAUUGAGUGUAAGAAGAGUAUGAUCUAUUCUGAUUUAACAGAAGUACUGGAUGACCAAAAUCUAUUUGAAUUUCAAUAAUAUACUUUCAAGUAAUACGUUGAAAGUCAUGGCGAUGAAGUAAUCCAUAAUCUCAUUAUUAAGUAUUCAUGGUGUCCCACUCCUGAUUGCAAAUAUGUAUUUGUAGCAGCAGAUGCCUAAUUCAAUUGUCCUUCUUGUAAGAAAAAGUACUGUCUACAAUGUAAGAUAGAAUAUCAUCAUGGAUUUACUUGUCAGGCUUACAAGGAAAAAAUCUAAAAAGAAUAGAGGGCAAAAAAUGAGAAAGUCUUAGAUGAUCAAUUCUUUUAGUUUGUUAAAGGCGCUAAAUAUAAGCAAUGUCCUUAGUGUAAGUUUUGGGUGGAAAAGAAUGAAGGUUGUGAUCACAUGACUUGUAGGUGUUAAUUUUAAUUUUGUUAUGUCUGUGGAGGUGUUUAUGGUAAUUGCCAUUGUAAAAGAAGAAGAUGA